AUGGACCGAACUCAGCUGAACAAAAAGCGCAAGAUUCUGCGGAACCAGGUGACGACGAUCCAGAACGAUCUUGACCGACGAACGGCGGGUGAAGAACCUCAGGACAUUACCGAAUUGGCAGCACGCAUCGACAGGCUACAAAGCCUCAACGCCUCUCUCAAAGAAGUCGAUAGUCAGAUCGAACCUCUUCUUACUGAAGAUGAGUUUGACCAGGAGUUCACGAAGCAGCUGGAUUAUCAAAACAGAUUGGAAAUGACCCUCUUCAUGGCAAAGGCACACGUCGACGCCCGUAGACGUGCUGUGACCACCUCUGAUAUCCCUGCCAUCGCACAUCCACAGGGAGAUGCCUCCCCUGCGCGGGUACACACCGUUCAAGCACCACAAACGCAAGCCGCUGUUCGCCUUCCCAAACUAGAAAUGCUGAAGUUCGACGGCAAACGAUGUCACUGGCAGCAAUUUUGGAGUCAAUUCAAUGUGACUAUCCACACCAAUGCCUCACUCCCUGAGAGUAGCAAGAUGCAGUACCUAAUGGCUGCACUACAAGGGGAAGCUGCGAACGCCGUGGAAGGUCUACAGUUGACUCCUGGCACUUACGAAUCUGCCGUCGAGAUUCUCCGCAAUCGUUUCGGCAACGAUAAUCCAGCGGAUUCCGUUACGUGA